AUGCUUGAGUUUCUGAUUGACAACAUCUAUGUAGUUUUGGGAGAUCAGGACUUCGAAGAGGAGUGGAUUGAGUUGGAGCACAACUUCUCUGUGAUAUUUGAUUCAGGAAAUUCUCCAAAGGAUCCAUACAAAUCCCCUUUAUCGAAAAAGAGGAAGAUUGAAGAAGCAGAGGAUUCCCUAAUUUUGAAUCGAAAAAAAUUUGGAAAGCAACCUGUGAAAGCGGGGGUGAUCACACAACAGAUUGAACAAGAAGACCCUUUGUUGAAAAAUUUCAAACAGGAAAACCCUUCGAAAUAUAUAAAAUUGGAGAAGAGAAUGACUACAAGAGAUUUGCUUAAUACUUCGUUCACCGAGAAAAGCGCAUCUACAACGAUGUUCCAAGAGACAUGGGCACCAACCCAAUCCCCGCCAGUGUACAGCCCAGUGUCUCCACCGGUCGUCCCUCUGUCAACCCAAACUCAAACCUCGGGACUUACGCCGAUUGAAGCACCGGGGUUUUGGAAUAAACCCAUCCAGUUUCCUCUUAAAGAGGAACUGGAUGCCCUGAAUGAACUUGUGGACAAUGUCCGAAUGGACCUGCUACAAACCUCUAUGUUGGUGAAUUAUAUUCAGGGCUUUAUGAAAAAAUUUCAAUAUUGA